GAAUCUCACCUAUCCAUCUUUUUCCCCUAUAUAUCUCCUGAAUCUGAGUCUGACUCUUUACUUGCUUCUUUAAUUACUCUUUCUCAUUCUUUUUAUUAAAAACCAAAUGUGAGCAUCAUGGGUACACCAACAACAAGACAACAGUAUCACCAUUAUUUUCACAUUCCUCCUGCUUCUCAAAACCUACCUGUACUCUCUCUCUCUCUCUCUCACUCAUAUCUUUAAUUAAAUUUUUAACAAUUUCUCUUUCUUCAGCUUUGUUGUAUCUUCACCAGAGGCCAUACUAUUAAUUACUUUUGUCUCUCUAAAUUUGCAAUCACCUGGGAACUCUCCAUUGUAAGUUACCCCGAGAUCUGACCUAGAUCCGUCGGCGAUGGCGAAUCUAGUCCCCGGCGUCCUCCUCAAACUCCUCCAACACAUGAACACCGACGUCAAAAUCGCCGGAGAACACAGGUCCUCCCUCCUCCAAGUAAUCAGCAUCGUCCCCGCUCUCGCCGGCGGCGAGCUGUUCCCGAACCAAGGCUUCUACCUCAAAGUCUCCGAUUCCUCUCACGCCACUUACGUCUCUCUCCCCGACGAGCACGACGAUUUGAUUCUGAGCGAUACGCUCCAAUUAGGUCAGUUCAUCCACGUGGACAGAGUCGAAUCCUCUUCCCCCGUCCCGAUCCUACGUGGCGUUAGGCCUGUUCCCGGUAGGCAUCCUUGCCUCGGCACACCUGAGGAUAUUGUAGCUGCUGAUGCGUUAGGGUUUCUUAGGAAUGAUGAUAAGGUUGUUAAGGAUAGUUGCAAUGGUUCAAAGCCUUUUAUUAAAGAGAGAGUUAAGGAUGAGAGGUUAGGGAAUAGAGUGAGUAAGGAUGAGUCUUCUAAGAAGGCGUCUGGUUUGGUUAGAGUGAAGUCUGGUAAGACUAAUUUGGUUUUGGAUGUGAAGAAGGAGGUUUUGGGGAAGGUUAAGAUUAGUGCUUCUUCUACUUCCGGUGGUUCGAAGUCGAUACCUUCUUCACCGACGAGCUGUUACUCGCUGCCGACUUCUUUUGCGAAGUUUGCGAAUGGGGUUAAGCAGCAGCAGGAGGUGAAGCCGAAGGUGGUGUUGGAGAGAGGGUCUCCUAGGGUGGGGUUGACGGAGAGAGGGAGGUCUCCGCUUAGAGUGGAGAGUCCGAGUGUUGGCAAGAAGAUGCCAAUGAUUAAGAGUUUCGUUCAGGGGAUUGAGUUUGGUGCUAAGGCGUUGAGGAAAAGCUGGGAAGGGAAUUUGGAUAUUAGGGGUUCUGAUAGUUCGAGGUUGAAGCUUGCUAAACGUGAUUCAACCCCUGAUUCUCGGAGUUUAGCAGCUCCGAGGAAAAGCACAUCUAGUGAGAAGUUGCCAAGCAAACAGGAGAGGGCUAAUGUAUUUGCAAAAUCAUCGAAGGAGCAAAGUAAGACCCAGUCAACCAAGAAAGUCGAGACAGCAGGAAUAGUUGACAACAGAGAUAAAACGAGUAAGCCUAAAUCUACAUCCGUAGUCAAGAAAUCUACUGCAGAGAAUGGAUUGCCUGGGAAUUUGGUCAAGGUCCCUGUUAAUAGUAAAAGAUUAGCAUCUGCCACUGUCCAAUGGGGUUCACUCCCUUCAUCUUUGUCAAGGCUAGGACAGGAAGUCUUGAGGCAUAGAGAUGCGGCUCAAGUUGUUGCAAUAGAGGCCAUGCAAGAAGCCUCUGCUUCCGAGAGCCUACUUCAAUGCCUCAUCAUGUAUAACGAUCUUAUGUCAACGGCUAAGGAAGAUGAUCCAUUGCCAGUAGUUGAGCAGUUCUUGAAGCUCCAUUCCGGUCUGAAAAACGUUCAAAUAACAACCGAGUCAUUGUCUAGAUUAAUUACUUCCACAUCUUCCCCAGAAAAUGAAGAAAACAAAUCUGAAGAAGCUGUAAAAGUGGCUGCAGAAAAGCAGAAACUAGCAGCCUCUUGGGUCCAAGCUGCUUUAGUCACUAACUUAUCACCCUUCUCUGUCUACACCAACAAACCAGCCAAAUCUACUGCAUCCAAGAGCAAACCAAUGAUCAUACUCGAGACCCCGAGCAAUAACUCCACCACUAAACCCCGUGGAAACGUCCAAACCCGGCCAACGAUUGGUUCCAAACUUGUGGCACAAGGCAUGAUACGUAAACACAGGGAGAACAGUAGCAGCCAAAAGGCCAACACGGUAGCAGCAGCAGGAUCAGAGUCUCCACCGCUAAACUGGGUGAAAGGGAAUGGUCUAAACGAGGCAACUGAUCUAGCAGAGAAGCUGCAAACGGUAUCUCAAGAUUGGUUUUUGAGUUUCGUGGAGAGAUUCUUGGACGCAGACGUUUUGGAGACACCUUCGAACCUGUCUGAUAACGGACAGAUAGCUGGGAUGCUGUCUCAGCUGAAGAGUGUGAAUGAUUGGUUAGACGAGAUUGGUUCAAAAGAAGAUGAAGAAGGAUUACAAGAAGUCUCAAAGGAAACAAUAGACCGGUUACGUAAAAAGAUAUACGAGUAUCUUCUCACACAUGUGGAGUCAGCAGCUGCAGCACUUGGUGGUGGUAAUGGUGGUGGCUCAGUCUCUUCUCCUAGACCCAAACCAAUCGAAACCAAAUCAAAAAGAUGA